GUGAAUGUGCUCCGCCCUGAUUGGACUGCCGAAGCUAACUUACUAGUACUAGUAAGCAGUAGCGCGGGGCACGAGCUUCCGCACGCGCCUCCCUGUUGCACGCGCUCUUACACACACGGCCUGGCUUACGCUCGCAAUAUGGACAUGUUGACGACCAGCACUGCCAGCGUUCAGCACAAUACAGCAAAGCAGGACUCUGCGCGCCUUUGA